AAUUCGUUCAGUUCAUGUAGCAUGCAUGAAUGUGUACAUUUGAUCAAUAAUUCUAUAAAAAAAAUUCUCAAAUGAAUUUAAGUGAUGAAGAAGAUUCAAUGAAAUCUUUGCCUACGGAAGAGGCAACACAACCACAACAAUCAGCUACUGGUUUUGAUGGUGUUGUUCGACAAGAACGCCAACGUCGUAAACAAAAUUUUGGACCAAAUGCUAAACAAGUUCGAAAACCAAAUAAUAUUUUAGUUGAUAUUUAUGGUGUUAUUGCACCUUGGACAUUUGUUACUCAUUUAAAAAAAUUUGCAAAAGAUAAUAUCGGUGAUUAUGUUCGACAAAAUUGGGAAAAUAAAUUAACACGAACAAUAGUCGGACGAAUGUGGGAACAGUUAAAGAUUGAUCGCAAAGCUGGCAUGAAUAUACCGAAUAUUGAGGAACCAAACGCUGAUAAUAAACCCGAUGAAAUAAUCAAUACGACUAUCAAUGGUUUACAAUGGGUGUUAGAAAGUAAAUAUCCCGCACUUCGAACACAGAUGGAAAAACUUUGCACAGAUUUAUGGUCAAAUUCAUUUGAAACUGGUAAAUUAAAAGCCGACAUUUAUCCAGAUGUUAUCGAUGCAUUUCAUUAUUGGCGAUUUGAAGAAUUUAUCAAGAUUUAUUCAUAUGCAUCCGGACCGGUAGAAGGACAGCGACAAUUUUUACGUACAACAGCUGCUGGUGAUUUAAAUCGUUACAUUGCGAAUGGAUUGAAUUCAAGUGGUGGUUAUAAAUUUGAUCCGAAUAAAUUUAGAGGUUUAUUGGCAGCAUUACGAGAACCAAAACCGGAUAAUCUAUUAUACAUUACGGAUGAUCCACGUAAAGCACGUGCAGCUGAAAGGGUUGGAAUACGAACAGUUAUUGUGAAUCGUUCCGGUUCAGAUACAGGUAAAUAUGAUCCAAAAGAAACAAAUGGAAUGACCGUUGUAACUACAUUGGCUGAUAUUGAAUUCAUCAACGAUCCAAAUGCAUAUGUAAUACCACAGUGUUGUUGACAAUUGAAUGAAAACAAAAAACAAAAUUUUUUAAAAAUAGAAAAUUUCCAUUUAUCUUGUAAAUUGUUAU